AAUUCCUGGUUUUGUAGAAGUGUUUUUAUCUCCCAAGAUUCAGGAUUUUAGUAAGUGAUUCCCUUGAAUAUGGCUUCUAAUGAUCAAGAAUUCAAAGUUCUCUUGAAGCUUUUGGUAGAUGAUAAGAAAAAUAAAGUUAUUGCUGCUGAAGCCAACAGGGAUUUUGUGGAUAUAUUACUCAGUUUUCUCGCGUUUCCAAUUGGAACAAUAAUUAGACUAACCAACAGCCAUCCAAUGUCAAAGACUAGUCCAAUUUGUAUAUGUAUGAACAAUUUAUACCAGAGCGUUGAAAAUCUUGGUGUUAAGCAUCUUUGGACAGAAAAUUGCAAGUCAGUCCUUUUAAAUCCAAGAAAUCCAUGCAUAGAAGAUUGCUUCAAGUUGAAAGUGAAGAUAGAUGAUUGUGUUUCCAACAAGUACUUCAGGUGCUCUAAUGAAGACUGCUCAAAUAAGAGCUGGUUGGUCAAUGUUAAAUGUUGUUAUGGAGGAAGGACAAGUAAGGAGAUAUUUUCAGAUAUUAGAAAUCCAACAAAUGAUUAUUCAGGUGUUUUUCUGAGGGGAGGAAUAGGGUUUAUAAUAAGUGAUGAUUUAAGAGUGUUCCCUGGUUCUCCAAGUUCUCUUUUACAACUGCUUUCUGAUCUUGGCUAUAGCCACAUGGAACAGAUAAGGGAGAUGUCUGUGGAAGUUGGCAAAGAUGAGAUAUUACGACUGCUCACUUGUUCAUUGAUCUCAAAAUCUCCUUUAACUGAGGUGUUUCUGAACAAGCAAGAUAUAGUUGACAACAACAUCAUGCCUGAGCCAAGAAUUUCACAAGUGUUUCCUGACCUUGAAAUCAGCAACUACGGUAAAAUGAACCUGAGGCUAAUAUUAAGCAAGUCUAGAAACAAGAUACUGUAUGCUGAAGCAAAGGAUUCGUUUGUCAAUUUUCUGUUCACUUUCCUCACUUUUCCCAUUGGUUCAGUGAUUUAUACUAUAUAUGGGAUUUCUGGACUAGGAUGCAUAGACAACUUGUAUAAAAGCGUGACAGAUUUGGAGUCCGAAUGGUUUCUUUAUUGCCAAAGCACAUUACUCAACCCUGGCGUUGCACCUAGACAUAAAUGCCAGAAUCAGUUGCUUCCGAUUACUGUAGAAGUUAAAGAUAAUAAUCUUUUAGAUCCCAGGAGCAUGAGUGGUCACACAAGUGAAUCUGGCGGAUUAACAAUGUCACCUUCCUUGUUUAUUGUUUCAGAAGAUUUGGAAGUCACACUUAUGCGUUCUACAUCAAGUUUUGUCUUACUCAAAGAACUAAUUGUGCCCUUGUGUGACAUUGAAGAGCAAGUGAUCCCCAUUGGUAAGGCAGAGGCGGCUUUAAUCGUGUCAUCAUCUGCUUUAACACUUGCCUUGAGCUCUUUCUUGAAAACGCAGAAGCAAGAGAAGGACUAA